CAGAAAGAGUCGGAAGGAAGUUAAAAAAAAAAAGGGUACUGGAAAAUGCCUGUGAAGGUGUUAGAGGCGAGCCUUUCCAACUUCGAUAGCGUGUUUGAGAAAUUCAGGUCAGAAGCAUCCUCACCCAAAUUCAUCCUCUUCUUGGCUGACAAUGAUCCCUCUACCUCUCUUAGUUGGUGCCCUGAUUGUGUGAGAGCUGAACCUGUAAUCUACAAGAAGCUAGAAGCUACUUCUGAUGAUGUUGUUCUCUUGAGAGCUUAUGUCGGAGACCGCCCUACAUGGAGGACUCCCCUGCAUCCUUGGAGAGUAGACUCAAAGUUCAAGUUAACUGGGGUUCCAACAUUGAUCCGUUGGGAGAAUGAUGCCAUCAGGGGUCGCCUUGAAGACUAUGAAGCCCACUUGGAAAACAAAAUCGAUGCCCUUGUUGCUGGGAACUGAGUUCCAAACUUAAAUGGAUUCAAUCCAAUUUAUUCCAUAAUAGACUAUCUUUCUCAUUGUGUGUGGCUUUUACAUCUACUGCUGGAAAACCUUGGCAUGUACUGUUAAGGCUGCUGUAGCUUAGCAGCAGUUGAAGUAUUCCUACUUUUAAUAAAUAUAAAUAAAACACACCUUUUCUAAA